GCAAUCCACCAGAUGAGCAAGCUUUGCAGAAACUCAUCAAGCCCAGUGAUCCUGGUUCAGUUGCAGUCCGGGCCGUGUCGUCAAUGCGGCAACUUAUGUUCGAAGCGCAAGCCCUUUGCGUCACUACUUUGAAGAGUUCCCUUGAAGGUGAGUCCGACAAGAAGACGGACUUGGCUCCAGCCGAACGCCAAGCAAGGAUUAAUGAGCAGAAGAAAAGACUUGUGGGACUUGAGCUUACUGGCUCAUACGAAAAUGCCUUCUGCAACUAUGCAUAUGUAGGCGCUGUACUUGAUCAAGAUUUCCUAAGUUAUCUUGAGCCGCGCCGGUUCCUCGCCAGAGCCGCUGAGGUAUCCCGUGACAAGCCAGGCAAGGAGCUCACUCUGGAUGAAUCCUCAAGGAUCCUCAUCAAGGAUCGCGCCUACAAAGACAAGAUCUCUUUGCAGACUGAAUUGCAGCUGGCCGAGGCGCUCUCCAGGCGCGCGCUGGCCUGCGACAUCAUGCAGCUUUGUUCUUUUUCAGUGAUGGACAAGUGGCAUCGCAAGCUCCUGGGCCACCUGUCCGAACAUCCUCCUCCGCGCUACAGUCGCAUCACGAUGGAACAACUGUUGCGCUGCGAUCGGGCGGCCUUCGUAUACAUGGCUGAGCACGUGCCUUCUCUUAAGAGGGAUUCUUCAGGUUCGCUGCCGUUAGACAAGGCCAUUGAAGAGUUGGCUAGCAUUCUUAAAGUAAUGUAUCAUUUAAAUCCUUUGCCAGGCCCGUCGUUGAAGGGCGGGAACGGGAACAAAGGCAGGGGCCGUGGCAACAAAGGAGGUCAGGGCCAGAAACGCACUGCUGAUGGCGCCGCCAAGAAGGGUGGUAAAGAUUCAGGCAAGGGUCUGAGGAUGCCAGCCGGGCUGACUGAUCCAAACUUGAAGCACAACACCGAGGUGACCGACUCAUACUCAUUGCCUACGGCGCUGCCGCUCCAACGAGUCUUCCUCAAGGUGAUCGAGAUUCCCCAGCCUGUGCCGGAUGACCUCCAGCAAUACCUGACGCGUGUCCGUCAGCGUGUAUCGGGCGGCCCUCUGUGCGACCUGACCUUCAUAGAGAUUUUCUGUGGUGCAGGAGGUCUGUGUGCUGCGGUUCGUAAGUCAGGCCUUACCCACAGCAAAGGGGUAGACCACAAAGCCGUUGAUGGUUUGUUGUGUCCUCUCAUAACCAUCGAUCUUGCCACCACCUCAGGGCAAGCGUUGCUCUUCAGAAUCCUCGGGCAGCCAUCCGUCGUGGCGCUACAUCUAGCGCCGCCUUGCGGCACAGCCAGUGCGGCAAGGUCCAUACCGGUGCCUGGCCGUAAAGCUCCUCAGCCACUUCGCAGCCACACCUCCCCUGACGGCCUUGAAGGCCUUAUCGGAACGUCCCUCAAGCGUGUCAGCGUUGCCAACUGCCUGUAUCAGCUCACAGCAGACGUAAUCACCUAUGCCUUCGAGCAUGGGCUCCUCUGGCUGUGUGAGAACCCAAAUAGGAGCCUUUUUUGGGCAACCAGCCCCAUGAAGAUUCUUCAGAAAAUCCCUCACAUCUUGACCCGCGCUCAUCACUGUAUGUUCGGCAGUCAGCGUCGAAAGCAUACUCUCUUCGCGCAUGGCGUUCCACAGCUGCAGAAGGUCGGUGUGUUGUGUGAUGGAAAUCACGCUCAUUUACCGUGGGGCCUCCUGCCCAAUGGCAGCUUUGCAGCUCAUGCAGAAGUGGCGUAUCCUCCUAUGCUCUGCCGUGCCAUGGCCUGUGCAGUCCGUGAGCAGCUGAUCAUCAUGGGUGCCCGCGGUCCGGUGGAGUCUCUGCUCCUUGCAGACCUUUCUGUGCACAAGGCGGCCCAAGUUGCCCUCUCCAAGCAGGCCGGAAAGAAGUUGCCCCCACUGGUGCCGGAAUUCUCCUCCCGUGUCAGCCUGUGUGGGCCCCCGGAGCUCAUGCCGAAGAUUUCACCGCUGAAAUCUCCUUUCCCCAUCCCGGCCGCCAUUCAUGUAGUUUCCCAACUUAGACCCAAUGACCCUGAGACCCCGACACUGCCAAAAAAGGAUCCACCCGACGAACAUGCCUUGCUGGAAGUGAGUCCGUCCAAAGUUCACCAAACCUUUGGCAUCCCCUGGACCCCAGAUCAGUUUGUUGCUCUUGCCUGCAAAGCUCAACACCCCAAAAUGUUGACGAACUGUCUGCCCGAACAACUGAAGCAGGCCAUCACAAGGAGAGUCAAACAGGGCCGCACAGAAGUCCUGAGAAAGUGGUUCCUCCGUGCCAAAGAGCUAAAGGAUUUGGGUCCAGACCCGUGUGUGCACAGCUCGAUAGCCCCCCUUUUGCAAGGAAAGUGCAUGCGGCUUCUCAGGGAGUUGAUUGCUGCCAGUGAGUAUGGAGACAAAAGUCUCCCGGAGGACAUAGGCAAAGGCUUUGACCUUUUGGGCCAAAUCCCAGCUUCUAAUGUGCUUCCGAAGAAAGCCUCCUUCGCCUCCCUUACAAUUGAGGACGUGCGCACUGUCGCCAAGGAGAAUCAGGAAGUUUACAACCUGACGAUGCAAGAGGUCGAGCAGGGCUGGGUGAGAGGUCCCAUCCCACUGGAUGAUCUUCCGCCCCAAUCCAUACUGACUCGUAGGUUUGGGGUAGUGCAAUCUUCCUUCGACUCCGAGAAAGGAAGCGUUCGAAAGGUGAGACCCAUUGAUGACUUCACUGCAUCCCUCGCGAAUCUCACUUCUUGUGGUGAAGAGACGAUUGCACCCCACAGCGUUGAUGUCAUUCUUGCAGGCCUGGUCUUUCGUGCCAAGACGGCUAGACGUGCGGGAGCGCCAAAAUGCCUGGUUGCCAAAACAGUUGAUCUUCGAAAAGCUUACAAACAGCUACCCCUUUCGGAGUCAGCUCGCAAAGACGCCUACCUUAGCGUGUGGUGCCCAAGUGAAAAAACCGUCCACAUUUUUCAAAGCCUCGUGUUGCCCUUCGGCUCGCGACCGUCCGUGCUGGGAUUCUACAGAUCAUCGCAUUGCCUCUGGCACGUAGGAGUAAAGUUGUUGGAUCUUCAUUGGUCACUCUUUUACGACGACUAUGUGGUCGUGAGUAGCAAUGAUGAAUCAUCGCAUCUGUGCAUGGUCCUCGACUCUUUUUUCGAGUUGGUUCACUGGCAAACCUCCAAGGAAAAAGAAGCGCCUUUUAACGCCUAUGCCAGAGCAUUGGGGGUAGAAAUUUCCCUGGCCGAUUCGCGUGCUGGCGUUUUCAGCGUGUGCAACACUAAGUCGCGCAAGGCAGAACUUGCACGCAGCAUCGCUUCCAUGAUUUCCAAUGGAGGGGCGCCAGCCAAAACCUUCGAGUCCCUGCGGGGGAGGUGGUUCUCCGAAGAUCUUGACCAAGACGAAAUCUCUUCCCCCAAUGUGGAAGGCAAAGAGGGGUUCAUCUAUGAGCUUGAGGCCCUAGCGGCUGUGCGUGGCGUGUUGGAUCUUUGCUCCCAACUAAGGCAUACGGAUGUAGUCCUCUUCCUGGACAACGACGCUGCCCUCCGUGCCUUAAUCAAGAGCAAUUCGAGCUCACCUGUGCUGCAGGCUUUGCUUGUCAAACUUAAUGAGUUUGAAAUUGCCAACGACCUGAGCAUCUGGUUCGAGCGGAUAGCCAGUGCUUCAAAUCCCGCUGACGCUCCGUCACGAGGAGAGGUGAAGCAUCUGCCAGCUAGCUUCCGAAUCCGCUUGGAUCGCCACGUGCUCCUGCGUGCUAUGUGA